GGUUCAUCUAAACAAUGGACGAACGACCCGUUAGUGGCGUGGGUGCCUACAAAAUUAAUUGGGAUGAGAUAGAUGAACUGUCUAAUCCGUUCGCAAAUGGAAGUAAGGGUCUCCCAUCUAAACCUAAUUCGAAAACCGAUCUGAAACCAUCUGCACGAGGAGAUGGUCCAAAUGAUAACACAAAAUCACAAUCAAAUGUAUCAAAUGAUGCUCAACCUGAGAAAUCUACUAAACAAAUUCCACAAAAUCCCAAGCCAGAUAACCAAGCUCCUGUGAAACAGAAUAAUCUUGCUGAAGUUACUCAGCCAUCCAAUCCCCCGUCUUCUACAAUGGUAAACGGUCAGAAUAUUCCUAAAUCUAUCCAGAGGGAAAAUGUCCCUCAACAUGAUGGUGAAACUGUCCCAAUCCCGAAUCCUCAGGCUGUUAUUCCAUCUCCUGAAGAAAUAUCUGAGGCAUUACAAAAUGUUCUAGAUGAUCAGUCUAACAAAACUUUUGAAAAUAAUAAUAGCAAUGAACAUCCUGAAGUUGCUGAGGAUCUUCCCAGUGAAACUGACCAAAAUUCAGAUGAAAUCGUUGAAAAUCCACUUGAAAACAGUAACAAUGCUAUUCCAGAUGUAAUGCAGACUUCACGUAUUGAUUCAUCAACCCUGAAUGGCAAAGAAAAUGCUCAACUACCUCCUCAACAUCCGUCAAAAGUAUCACGAGACAGUAAAUCAAAUGAUACAGAGUUGAUUGCAUUACGUAAGGAACGUGAUCAGCUAUUGAAAACAAUAGAAGAAAUGAAAAAUUGUAUCACAGAGUAUGAUCGCAGUUUACAGCAUAUGGUUGAAGAGAAAGCUCACAGUCAAACACACGUUAAUGUAUCCGUGGCUGAUUUAAUUAAAGAACGCGAUGAAGCUGUCGAAGAAUUGGCUACAAUUGAAAAAGCUUUUGGUGAUUUACAUAGACGCUUUGAAAAAUCAAAACAAAUUAUUGAAGGAUUUAAACAGAAUGAGGAGGCCUUAAAACACAGUAUUGAGGAGUAUAAAAAUUUACUACAACGUCAAGAAAGAAAGUAUUUAGCCUUGAAGAAACAUGCUGAGGAGCAAUUAUUAAAAGUCAACCAAGACACUGAGACAGUAAAACAAGAAUUUGAAACAAAUCAAACUCGACUACAGGCGUCAUUACGCAUAGCUGAACUUCAAGUUAAAAGUCUUGAAUCUCAGUUACAGCAGAAGACUAGAGAAAAUGAAGAAUUAACGAAGAUAUGCGAUGAAUUGUUGAGUAAAUACGGGGGAUUAACAUAA